UGAAUGUGACAGCAGGAACUGCGCGCAGUGCGCCGCCCGCGCCGCGCGUCACCAGCGCAGAUCGCACCAACGCGCUCAGCUGUCUUCAUCGGGCCGAUAAGGGUUGACGGGUGAAGCCGGAGGGAAGAGAUAUGACGGAACAGAAACUGUAACUUCCGAGGAACACAACCGCAGGAGCGCAUCGACAUGAUACUCGUCUCGUAACAGGAACACCGUCAUGUUCCCCAGUAGUAUGAAGACAUCUGGUGUGGAGCUGCCAGGAGUGGGUUCGAGAGAUGUGCCACUCAUUGGAUAUCGACCCCUACAGCCUGGGCCCAACGGCACUUCUGAUCAGCUCUGGAGGGAGACUGAAAACAGAGAGGCGGAUCCCAUGCAGGGGGAGCCGUCCCCGAUGAAGACAACGUGGUACUGUCCACUUGACCUGUCCACUGUGUCGGAACUGGAAGAAGAUGGCAUCAUUUACACCGUGUUGGUAAAGCAACAGCAUGGCACCCCCAGCGGCCCACAGAACAAAGCAUCUCGCUGCCAGCAGGUCAAAGCAGGGACAGAGGAGAAACUCGUCCUCCAUCUCCUUCACUCCUUCUCUAUGGGCGACUCCUCCUACAUCUCUAUCUUCCUCUCCACCUAUCGCUCCUUCACCUCCACCCAGAGAGUGCUGGACAUCUUGAUUAACAGGUUGGAAAAUCCUCCAGGAGAGAGCAAAACGAACACCCGUCAGCAGUUCAACAAGGCUGUGUGCACAGUAUUCAGCACAUGGCUGAGUGAUUAUCCUGAGGAUUUCCGUUCUCUGGACGAUCCCUCCUGCCUGCUGCGGUUGGCCCCCCUUCUUCCAACAGACCCCUCGGGGACCAAAAUCAAAGACAGACUGCUGAGGAUAGGCGAGGAGCUGAGCGAAAAAAUGCUGCUGUCUGGAUCUCUGUCAGAUCCUACCAAAAGUGUGACGUCCCCUCCUGACCCCUCCGACUUUGAUGCCACCAGCAUUCUGGGGUUUCCAUCCAGUGUGAUUGCAGAACAGCUGACCAGGAUCGAGACAGAUCUGUUUCUGAAGUUGGUGCCAUACCACUGCCUGGGUUGUCUGUGGUCUCAGCGAGAUAAGAAAGGAAAGGAGGGAGCGUGUUGGUCCGUCAGAGCCACUAUCAAGCAGUUCAAUCGUUUAACUAACGCCGUCACAGCCUCUUGUUUAUGGAACACAGGUCUGAAGAGCCAACAGCGAGCACGACUCCUGGAGAAAUGGAUCAGUGUUGCAGAGGCCUGUAGGACCAGGAAGAACUUCUCAUCGCUGUAUGCUAUUAUAUCAGCCCUGCAGAGUAACCCCAUCCAUAGAAUGAGAAAGACCUGGCAGGAGACAGACAGAGAAGCUGUGAAGAAAUAUGAGGGACUGUCUGACAUCUUCUCAGAGAAGGACAACUACUCUCAGAGCCGUGAACUUUUGAAAGAGGAGGGCAAUUCCAAAUUUGCAAAUCUUGACACUAAAACCAACAACAGGAGAUUUACAGGGUCCUGUGCUCAGGGCACAGUGCCAUACCUGGGCAUCUACCUUCGAGACCUCACUAUGCUGGACACUGCAGUCAAAGACAGACUCGAGAAUGGUUAUAUUAACUUUGACAAAAGGCGACGGGAGUUCGAGGUUAUCGCUCAAAUCCGCCACCUUCAGUCCUCGUGUAAAAACAGCAUUUUCCGUAUGGACGAGACGUUUGUUUACUGGUAUCACAGCGUACCCCCUCUGCAUGAAGAGGAAAGUUACAAGCUGUCCAAUCAGAUUGAAGCUCCGAAUGAACCGAGUGCCGGGCGUGUUUUGAACCCCACAGUGGUCAUCACACAGUGUCCAGAUGCCCUCUCUACUGUGGCGAACGCAGUCAUGGAUGACAGCACAUUUGACUUCCCCUCGCCUGUCAAUCAUCUGCUAUCAAAGCUCUACAAACAUGUGAAAUCCCCCUCUGUUUCCUGUCUGGAUGUUGAAUCGUCACCGUCAUCCAAUGACGGCUCGCCGUCUGUACUGACCACACCCACCACAACCAUCAAAUCACAUCGCCGGUCCGUCUCCUGCGGCCACACACCUAUCAAUAACAAAAAGGAGGCGGGGCCUGACAUGAGAAUCGUCAGAAUAAGGAUGGAUUUACAAGAUGGCAACCUGUACAGAAGCAUUCUGGUUACAAGUAAUGACAAAACACCCACUGUCAUCAGUUCUGCAUUAGAGAAACACAACCAGAACCCCCAGGAGGCCUCAAAAUAUGAGCUGAUCCAACUACGACCCGAGGGGAAAGAGUUAAUAGUACCACCCACAGCAAACGUCUUUUACGCCAUGUCCUCAGCCAGCGUGGACUUCCUGUUAAGGCGACGAGGAGGAAAUACACCAACCGGGUCUCCAUCACUCGGCAACGAAAGCAGCGCGACCUUCCCACGAAUCAAAGCCAAGGGCAGAAGACUGGUCCGAACACUCUUUUGACUUUAACAACAGGACCAACACCCAUAAAAACUUUCAAUCCACAACAGAUUUCAUUUUGAAGAUCUGUGACAUAAUCGUGUACAGUUUAUUGAAAAAAGGUGUUUCCUAAGUUCUAACAUUGAUGUAUUUUAAAUGAAAGCUUGGUUGAAAUGGCUCAGAGAUGUUUUUACAGCUAAAUAUUACACAACUUUUCCAUUUCAUGAAAUCAAUGAGUUUCAGACAGUUGAGUACCGUUUGCUGCCGCCAACAUUUUCCCAGACUACCUCUGAAGAACCAUUGAAUACAACGUGUUUGUUAAAAAAGUUGUUAAAAUAGAGCAGCUAAAAACCCCAGAAGAACGAAAUAAGAGUUAAAGAAGGUACUUACGACUGUCUCAACAUUUUAAACGCUGGGCAACCAUGACAAGAGAUGUCUAAGCUACUGAUAACAGCCCAGAUACGUGAAAAAAAAUGCAAAAAACACUGCCACCAGAUAAUAUCUUCAAGUAUGCAAGUUUUGGUGAUGCUAAAAUGAUGGUUGUGGUUAUGUACAGGGUCUGUUUCAAACGCUAGGUCUGUCUGAUGCCUACAUUGGCAGCUGCCUUAAAAAAGAAGCAUACACUAUUUCAUGACUAUGUAAAUCACCAAGAAAUAUUGGGUAACACUGUUCUAAAGGCAAGUGAUUUUUAUUUUAUUUAUCAAUAAUUAGUAUUAUUAAAUGAAUAAUUUAUAUUUAAUUCUAUCAUUUUAGACUUCCAGUGAGGUCAUUACAAUGUAUCUGGGAUUGCUUUCCCUGCACAGAACACAUGACUCUACAAUUUGGUCAAAAGAAGACAUCCUAAAAAGCAUCUAAUGUUUUUUUAAAAUGGGAGCAUUGUGAUGCAUUUAAAUACUUUCGAAACAGACCUUGUUGUGUGUUGCAACCCAAAAAAGAAAAAAUGCAACAAAGCUGUGCCUGUUAAUAUUUUUAUACCAUUCGAUGCAAAAACGUAUGAUCAACCUGAAGAACUGCUCAGUUGCACGUGAAAACUGUUACACUUGUAUGCCGAUGAACCUUGCAAACUUACUCGCUUGCUGUUGACGUCUCUGUGGGAACUGAGGCAACUGAGUCCUGAAAGCAAGGAAGAGGGGUGUUCUCCAUUACAUUUCAGUCGUUCCAGUCAUUCGUUUGUAAAGUGCCUUAAUUUCAGGUGCUGAUUCGCAAACGCUGGUCUGGUGUGUUGCGCAUGUUGCGGCUUCAGUCCUAUUACGUCGGAUCUGUAUUCUGACUUGUUUGUGCACUACAUACCUCCCGUUCUUGAAAUAAACUUUAAUUUUGAUACAACUGACAGCGUUUAGACUCA